AUGGGAAAUCGCGAUUCAGUUUUCAGUGAAGAAAAAAAUAAUGUCCCUGUUGGAAAUGAUGAACAGCGAAUACGGAACAUUUCUUCCUCGCUCGGCCGAAAUAAGACGUUGAAAAAUUUGACCACGAAUCUCGAUGGCAUUUAUUAUGAGAACAACGAUGAAUCUGUUCACAUUCCCUUGAAGACUUCUGAAGAAGAAUAUUCUGAACAAUCUACAAAUGAUAAUAUUGACGGCGAUACGAUGUUGGGUGGCCUCAUGAUGGUCCAUGAGCGACAGGAGGACAUGAUAUGUGGACCAGUGAUGCCCCAGGGCGGCAUACAAGCUCUGGAGGCGAUGCUCUUCACUCUGGACUACAUUAAUGAUCCCCGGAACGGUGUCUUGGACCGAGGCAUGAAAGUGGGGGCCCGCAUCUUCGAUGACUGUGAUAAAGACACCUAUGGCUUAGAACAAGCUGUCGACUUCAUUAAAGGUUCCAUCAGCAACAUCCACGACCAGGAAUACAAAUGCAGCGACGGUUCCUCCAGCAAAGUGAAGGUCAUCGAUGGGGUCGUGGGUGCUGCCUCUUCGGUUACCUCCAUUCAAGUCGCCAAUCUCCUGCGCCUCUUUAAAAUCCCACAA